UGACAUCUCUCGGCUGAAUAAAAUAUUGGUGGGAUGAGUCAGGCAACGCGAAAGUUAAAAGGUUUCACUUUCGUUUAGCUCGAAAAGAAACACCGGUGGAGUGCGAGUUUUGGGUUUGUCAACAUGUCGUCUGACCAGAACGACUUGAUUAAUGAGAAUUUAAUCGAAAGCUUUCGGCCGAGGCUCCGAGUCUACGUCGCGGUGGAUCCGGUUCUGGACCACCUCCAUUUCUUCGAACACGAACUGAAAGAACGCGUCCGACAAAAGGCCAGGACAGAUGGCGACUCGGCGGCGGUGGACGUCCUCGUCGACGCCGUCCUGCGCAAGCCGCACCCGAAAGGCUGGUUCCAAGCCUUCGUGGACGCCUUGUCCAACGCCGAAUGCAAACUAGCGGCCGACUACAUGCGGGGGAAGCCGCCCGACGCCGAGGUGGAAGAUCAAAACGACAACUGUAUGCGAAUGAUUGACAUCCUGGCGCCCAGUCUGGUGGGCAUGGACACUAAAGAGGUGUGCACGCACUGUCUUUCGCACCAACUCAUCACCAGAGAUGACCAAGACAAAAUCCUGCACUUAGCAGACAAUCAAGGACUCAGAGAUGCGGCUCGUGAACUUCUGAAAAGAAUUCUGAGGUGUCCCCCAGGAUGGUACUCAAAAUUUCUCCAAAUUCUGCUUGAUACUGAGCACAAUGACUUGUAUGAACUAUUGGAAGGCUCCACUGACAACAGUACAACAGCAAAAGACGAGACUGAAAGAAAUGACAGAGUCAAGGAGAAGGUUAGUGAAGAAAGUUCUGCUUUGAACAAGGACGAUUGUGACAACUCCAUAGACCUGUACCAGGGUGACCCCCCGCAAGACGAUGCCACACACAAGUUCAGCAGUUUAGAGCUUUUACCACCAGAACUGUGUGACUCGGGCGCAGCUGCUGGAGGCCCAGACAAAGUUGAUAUUGUUCUUAGAAAAUAUCAGAUGGACGUGGCUAAACCUGCCUUAGAGGGGAAAAACAUAAUCAUAUGCCUACCAACUGGAAGUGGUAAAACCAGGAUAGCGGUUUAUGUUACCCGUGAACAUCUGGACCACAGGAGAGCCGAGGGGAAAACCGGCAAAGUGGUCAUCCUGGUGAACCUGGUUCCCCUUGUUGAGCAGCAUUAUGCCACAGAGUUCCAUCGCUUUCUGAAGCACGCCUAUAAAGUGGAAAGAGUCAGUGGAAACUCCGUGCUCAAAAUUUCUUUCACAGAGAUCAUGAAGAAAAACGACAUUGUCAUUUGCACAGCCCAGAUUCUGGAAAAUUACUUGGAGAGGUCGGUCAAAGGGGAGGACGAGGGAGUGCAUCUAAAGGAUAUCACCCUGAUUAUAAUAGACGAGUGCCAUCACACUAACAAGGGUGAAGUCUAUAACCGAGUGAUGAUGCGUUACCUGAGGCAGAAGGAGAAGAACAGGAUAUUGAAGAAGGACCAGAAGGAGACAGUUCCGCUACCUCAGAUCCUAGGCCUUACUGCCACACUGGGGGUAGGCGGUGCCACGAAACUGAAGACAGCAGAGAAUAACAUUUUGCAGUUUUGUGCCAAUUUGGAUGCUUCUGAAAUCCAGACUGGGAACCUUGAGGAUAACAGCAAUGAGCCAGAUAAACAAAUUGUUCUUGUUGCAAACAAAGAACAGGAUCCAUUUGGUGACGUAAUCAAGAGAAUUAUGCACAAUAUUCAAAUUGAUGCCAAUCUGAGCCCCACUUGUGAUCUUGGUUCUCAAAACUAUGAACAGUGGGUAGUACAAUCCGAGCAACAAGCCGCCAAAGAGGGCGCUCAGGAAUUGCGGGUUUGCCUGAAGCACCUUCGAUGGUACAACAACGCCCUGAUACUCAGCAACACCAUUCGCAUGUGUGAUGCCUUCAGUUUCUUGAAUAAACACCAUGAGGAAGAGUUGAAGAGUAAAACAAGCCCCGACGAUGAGCACGUCAUAAACAUCACAGAUACUGAGAGAGUCCUCUUCAAUUUAUUCCAAGACAACAAAGAGGAGCUUCAGAAGCUUUCCGAGAACCAAGCCAAUGAAAAUUACAGCUUGUCAAAACUACGACAAAGUAUUCUGUACCAGUUCACUACCAGGGAUGAGGCCAGAGGUAUCAUUUUCACCAAAACCAGACUCAGUGCCAUCGCUCUCAGUCACUGGAUUCAAAAGAACUCCAAGUUUGCCGACGUCGGCAUAAACGUGUCGUAUCUCAUCGGAGGUGGAGACCAGAGUGUUGUCAAACCGAUGACCGCUGCAGAGCAAAAGGAUGUUUUGAACAGAUUCCGCAAUGGCGCUGUCAACUUGCUGGUUGCCACCUCAGUUGCACAGGAAGGUUUGGACAUACCAGCGUGCAACUUUGUCAUCUGCUAUGGCCUUGUGACCAAUGAGAUCGCGAUGAUACAAGCUCAAGGCAGAGCUCGAGCUGAGGACAGCAGUUACAUCGUGAUUGAGGUGAAAGGCUCUGGGGUGACUGAGAAGGAGACUGUCAAUGAGUACCGCAAGGACCUAAUGGCCAAAGCCAUUGCCAGAAUCCAAGCCUUAGAUCCUGCAGAGUAUAUCAACAGGAUUAAAGAAUUUCAAAGUGAGGCUAUUGUUAGGAGCAAGUUCAGAAAUAGAAACAAAAACAUAAAGCCACAAGAUCCGUCAGAGGUGAAGUUAAGUUGCCGACAAUGCAGCAAGAUCGUCUGCACUUGUGAUGACAUCCAGAUCAUUGGAGACAUGCACCAUGUCAAUGUUUCAUCAGAGUUUAGUGAACUUUUCAUUGAGAAAGAAAACAAUUCUCAAGAGCGUCUUCUUGAAUAUGAACCUCAUGCCUCCAUAGCAUGCAAGGACUGUGGACAGAAAUGGGGUACGAUGAUGAUGUACCGAGGAAUUCCGUGCCCCCGCUUGCAAGUGAAGAACUUUGUUGUGACAAUCAAGGAAAAGAAGUUCAGCAAAUUCACCAAGUGGCACGAGCUUCACAUGAAGUUCCAGCCAUUCGAUUACAUCGAGCACGCCACCCGCUUGGCUCAGUGGUCAGAUGACGAAGACGUCUGAGUGAUUCGCAGCGUUUUGCACAAUUUUAGUGAUGAAACAAUCCACUAAUCAAACUGCCAAACAAGAUUUCUUCACUCAAACUGCUUUUGUGCACAGGUUUAUCGGGGUUAUAUGUUACAUUUCAGAAUAGAUUUUUGAUUUAAAAAGACUUACUAUUCAAACAAUUAUACCUUUUAUGAAAGAAGAUCCUGUUGGUUUCAUAAAUGUGAUGCUAAAAUUAAUUUUUGCCAUUAUUUAACAUUAAAUUGAAAAAAAAAUAGCACAAAUGGAUUCCUGCUAUUCUUAAAGUUUACUGAAAGGUGAGCCAUAGAUUUGUGAGUCGGCUGUGCAACAUGGUGUAGGGUUUGGUGGAUUUUUUUUUUUUUCACAUCUUGAUGGGAAUGAAUGCACUCAGAUUCUUAUGUAUUGGGAGAAAGGCGACUUAUGCUGCACUUCAGAGUAUGUCAUUUAUCACGAUAGCUCUAAAAUCAAGUGCUAAAUAGUUCUUUGUACAAGACCUGAAAAAGGCUGUUCAUGCUCAAAAAGCCUCCAGUGUUGCUGAAUUACAACAAUGCUGCAAGGAAGCGAUGUGAAAGACUCGUUGCUAGUGAUGAAAACACUUUUUUUUCUGCUUUGGAUGGUCCAAACAGUUUUUAGGUUGAGGGGGCAAUUACUUUGUCACAGAGUGUCAGGUUGCUUGUAAGUGUUUUCUUUCCUUUAAUAAAAUCACUAUUAAAAACUGCAUUUUAUUUUUACUUGGGUUAUCUUUGCAAGAUUUUUACAAUGUUUUAAUAUUCAACAUUUUAGUAGGGAAGCUAUGCAAAUGAAAAUGGGUGGCAAAUACGUUUUCAUGGCCUAGCAUUAUAUAUAGUUUCAGAAAUCAUUAAAUAGGUAUAAUUUAUUUAGAAACAAAUGUUUGCAUUCAUUCCACAGGCUCUUUAAUUCAUACUUUAUCUCCAUAGUUCUCAGUUUGUACACACAAAAAAGAAAGUAAAAGGAAUUCUUGAUUAAUACUGUUAUUAGUUCAUUCCAUCAAUAUCAAAAUAAAAUGGAAACAAUUGAAUGAUUUUUAACAUCAUAUUUUCAAGAUGAUAGCAUUUAAAGUGAGCGGUGCAAUCUCAAUCUGGACAUGAAGUUUAUAAUGGCAGCCCCUGAAGAGAUACUCAUUGAUGUUUCCAUUUUGCAGUUUUAUCAGAAGAGUACAUCUUGUCUUUUGGGCUUG